AUGAAAAGCCCUGUUGGCAUGUAUCCUGCUCAGAAAAUAGGUCCCUGGAGGAUGUCCUCACUGGUGGGCCCCACGCAACACUUCUUCAUAAGGGAGUCUAAGGCUUUGGGGGCUGUCCAGAUCAUGAAUGGGCUCUUCCACUUUGCGCUGGGAGGGCUCCUCAUGAUCCCCAUAGGAAUCUAUGCUCCUAUCUGUAUGACUGUUUGGUACCCUUUCUGGGGAGGCAUGAUGUUUAUCAUUUCUGGAUCACUCCUGGCAGCAGUGGACAAAAACCCCAACAAUAGUCUGGUCAAAGGGAAAAUGGUAAUGAACUCACUGAGCCUCUUCACUGCCAUUUCUGGAAUAAUUCUUUUGAUCAUGGACAUAUUUAAUAUUACAUUCUCCCACUUUUUAAAAAUCGAGAGCCUGAAUGUUUUCAGAGUGGCCACACCACAUGUUACUAUAUACAACUGUCAACCGACUAAGGCGUCUGAGGACAAUUCUCCAGCUACACAAUACUGUUACAGCAUGCGAUCUGUGUUCUUGGGCAUUUUUGCAGUGAUGCUGAUCUUCUCCCUACUCCAGAAACUUGUGGCAGCUGGCAUUGCCGAAAAUGACUGGAAACGACUGUGCUCGAGGCCAAAAUCUAAUGUGGUUCUCCUAUCAGCUGAAGAAAAGAAAGAACAUACUAUUGACAUAAAAGAACAAGUGGUUGAGCUAACUGAAAUCCCUUCCCAACCAAAGAAUGAGGAAGACGUUGAAAUCAUUCCAGUCCUGGAAGAAGAAGAAGAAGAAGAAGAAGGAGAAACAAACUUCCCUGAACCUCCCCAAGAUCAGGAAUUCUCACCAGUAGAAAAUGAUAGCCCCCCUUGAAUAGAUUUUUCUGUUCUUUCUUUUUUUUAAUCAUUAGUGUUCAUUGUUUCUAAGAAGAUAGAUGUACAUAUUUUUCCCUGGGCAUGCACAUCCUCCACAUUCCUCUCUCUGACCUUUCAGAGAAUGCCCACCACACCCUCUCUUCUGCUCAGUGAAUGUAGCGACUGUAGCAAAUUAUGCU